GUUAUGGUCAUGAGUAAACGCUAGAAGAACGGGCGUGUGAAUCACCAAAAACAUUAAUCAACUCCCCUUUGUACUUGAAAAAAUUCCAAUUAAAAGUUGUCACCUCCCAAAAUAAAGCCCCUAAAAAAAUGGAGGCGAUAAAAACCCAGGAGGACAUCCUCGAGUGCUACCUCUACCCAAAAUCCUGCUACACAACCCCCGACCUAAUCGACGAAUCAGUCCUCACCACGGAGAUAACCAGGUUCAACCACCUAAUGUCGACCUACACCAAAGACUACAUGUGGCACUGUGACCCCCUGGUGUUCCAUCCCCGAACGAAGACCUCCCAGAUCCUGGAGAGUGUGAUCCAGGGUGACCCCAGGCCCCCCGACACCAGCCUGAUCCCCCACAUAGUGGCCAGACUGCGGUACGACGAGGACAUCGGUGACGAGUGGUUCACAGUCUUCCUGAUCUUCAGAUUAACGGAGUCCCUGGAGGGGCUGAUAGCCCGCCUGGUGGACUCUGACGGUGAAUUCCUGCUGAUCGAGGGUGCUGACGACCUGCCGAAGUGGGCGGAGCCUGAGACCUGUCAGGAUCGCGUUUACGUGGCGAAUGGGGCUGUCCACGUGGUGAAGGACGAGAAGCUGGUGCUGGAGAGGCUGAGGAGCCUGGCAAGGAGCCCUGAGAGGCACUUGCUGCCUGAGGCUGCGCAGAUGGCCAUCAGAAAGCGAAUCAGUGUUUAUCCGGAGGAGGUUGGCAGGAGGAGGCACAAGGCCAGGGCUUUUCUCCCUGAGAAAGCAGCCUCGAUUCUCGCUCAGGAGCCUGGACUCAUUGCUUUUGCCAUUCGCACCAUUGUGCAUUCAGACCCCGUCGAGAGGAGGGUCUGCAGGGCCAUGAGGUACUUCCCACCUGAGCAGAGGACGAUGGUCAACCUGGGGAUGACCAGGUGUCUGUAUGCCAUGGCCACCCACUGUCGGUACACUGGGGACCCCAGGACUGGCUGGAACUUUCCUCCGACUAAUAGCCCCAAGUACAGUGCACAUCUGCUGGGGAUCAAGGUCGCCUGUGGCCUCGAGAUUCUUGUCGCCAGGGCCAACGAGAGGCGGAGGAAGAGGGAGGGCGCUGGCGGGGCUGGCGACGACGACAAGUGGGGGGCCUAUCUCAGGAGGCUCGAGGACUGCGGCUACUUCAGGGGGUGUCUGCAGGGGAGCCAGGAGAGGGACAGGCUCGAGAGAGUCGCCAGGGAGUUCCUCGUGGAGAGACCUCUCGGCUUGCCCACCCAGCACAAGGAUGAUGAUGCUGCUGACAGGAUUCUAGCGGCUUGGAAGAGCCUCAAGACUGAGGACUUCGAAAUGCUUGCUCAGGAUGAGGCGUCAUUGAGUCCUCCCGACGAUGACAGCUGGCUGAAUGUCGAUGCGCAACAACUAGAGUCCAUGCUGAAUCAGCACUGGGGACUGGCGGAGAAGAAGAGUCAAGAACCCACGAGUAUCAAAGAGAAGAUCAAGGCGUUCUUGAAUCAGACUAGUGAUAUCGAGGGAAUAGAGUUCACUGGAGAAGGAGCCCGAGAUGACGAUCCUCGACACGACUCUGAAGAGGGAGGACGAAUAGAAUUCGACGCUGACGUCUACGACAGCACCCUCCGUGACAUUUUGGACCUAGUGGUCCCAGGUGGUGACGGAGAGUUCGAUGGCAGCUCCGAGGGAUCUCUCGCUGGAGAUGACGACGAGAGGGCAGGGGAAAUGGACAAAUACAUGAGAUUACUGGACUCCCAGCUGGAGUUGCAGCUCAAGAAAGACGACACGAGUUUAUCUAGUAGAUUUAAGGACUCGACAGAGUCCAAUCUCGUGGAGAGCAUGGAGGAGGAAGCUGGUGGGGCUGGACCUGCUGGCAAUAUCAUUGGUGGGCCUGUUCGACGUCUCAUGCAUCUUCAUCUUCAAUCACCAACUGCUGUUCCCCCUGAUCUCCAGAGUUAAUACCGAUGGGUGGGGGGGUUAUGCGGCUCAUUCGGGGUAGUUUAUGUACACAAUUUCUUCAUCCAGCCAUGCUAAGCCUAGAUUCUAUGUCCAACAUCCUAUUAAUAAAGUCGUGGGCGAAAAAAUUUUACAGAAAAAUCUGGCGAAUUUUAUGGAAAUUCUGGGGGAAUUCCAUUCAAUUUUCUAUUCGUUUUUAGACGAUUCUAUUGGAAAUUUUUGCUGCUCAUCUGCGCGUUUUUUCAGUGGUUCUAGGGGAAUAUAUUUUAUGGAAAAAAUGGAUAAAAAUCUGGAGAAUAAUCAAUAGGAUUCUAUUUUUUAUAGGACUUAUUUAAUUGAGAUAUUUUGGACGGACAUCCGUUGGCUUCAAUUUUAGAAGGUUUUUUGUUUGAUUUUUUCAAUAAAAAGAGAUAAAAAAUGAAGUGGAAAAAACUUGAAAAAUUCAUUUUGAGGAAUUCCUGUAGAAAAUUUCUCAAUAGAAAUAGUUUUACAGAAAGACUAAAUUCUACUGAUUCUUUUCUAUAGAAUAGUUUCUAUCAAACACUUUCUAUUAAAAGAAUCGACCAAGAACUAAUAGAACUUUUCAACGAAAAUUCAAUAAAAAUCCAAUUGACUUUUCCAUCGAAUUCACUAGAUUUUUCUAUAAAAUUUCUUCGUGCCUAUACGAAUUGGUUUGGAGGAGAAACUAAUUCGAAAUAUCAGUGAAUUUAAAAUAGCUACGACCUGCCUACUUCUAGGGAUACUUUUUUAUUUUAUAAUUAAGUACAUUUGGUGGAAGAUACUCACGUGUGAGAAAAUUCAAUGAAAAAAACCCUGGGGAUUUGAAUAAAAAUGUUCAAUAGAAGAAAUAUCUAGAAUGUUUGUGAAAUUUCUGCGAUAAUUUUCUCUUGAAUUUUUUUCAAUGGAAAAUUACUUGUCAGUAGACUGUUAUAGAAAUUAAUUUAUGAAGACAACAACAUAAAUCGACUGUAAAAUUCACUCAUUCAGCGUAUUAAGUCUCAAUUUCCAAUGGACUUUAAAGAAAUAUUUUUCACGUUUUCCAAAUUUCUGUUUUUCCUCAUUAUUUAUAUAUUUUUUAUUUAAAAAUUUAAAAAAUUCUUCUGUUGAAUUUUCUCAUACAUACUCCAAGGAGAAAUCAAUCACUCAUUAAUUAUAAUGCGAAAAAAACCAAUAAUUAUUAAGAAAAUUGAUUUUUUUAAUUUUAUACGCACAACAACGAUAUUAUGAUUUUUGUAAUCUAUAUUAUAAAACAUUCAUGCAUUUAUGUAUUCAUCAACAUAAAUGGACUGUAAAAUUCAUGUCUCAAAAUUAUAUUCCGCGCAAAGGAUUUUACCAGCUUAUGAAGUCUCAAUUUCCAGUCGACUUUGCAGAAAUAUUUUCCAUAUUUCCAAAAUUUCAUUUUUUUUUCAUUUAUUUCUUUUCCAAUGCAAAAAAAAAUACUUCUGUUGAAUUUUCUCAUCCACACUCCCAGGAGAAAUCAAUCACUCAUUAAUUAUAAUGCGAAAAAAAAGAAUAAUUAUUAAGAAAAUUGAUUUUUUAAAUUUUAUACGCACAAUAACGAUAUUAUGAUUUUUAUAAUCUGUAUAUUUGCAUUCAUCAACAUAACUCAGCUGUAAAAUUCAUUUCUCAACAUUACAUCCCACACAGUGAAUUUUAUUACGAAAUAAUAAAUGGUUCGCUUAAGCUUACCUCAUAAAAACUCAAGUGACAAUGAUUCAGGAAGUGUUAAACUCGCAUUUGACUUAAAAAGGGAAUAGAAAAUAUCACUAUGACACUGAUUGGUUAUUUGAAUGCACGUUUGAACCACUUUGGUGCAUAACUCGUUACACGAUUUGCAUUAGCAACACUGCCACUGCUUCCAGGGCUUGGAUCACUCACGUCUUCGCCUGAAUUACUGUGACCAAUGUUAGCGUUUGAGUCUUGGAGUGUUUGACUCUCACUUCGAGUCGUCGUUAUCCUGAAAAAAUGAUAACGCUGAAUAAAUGAGAAUAUGAGGUUGAAGGUGGGGGAUUUUUAAUGCUUUUUUACCUGGAUUUUAUGGCUUGAACACUGGCGAUUUUUGGAUCCACCAAUUUGCUCCUCAGCUCUGGCUUGAGGUCAGAUACUCCUGAGUAGUAAAUUAUGGCUGACGGC